AUGUCCGAUCAAGGCACCCCAGGUCAGGCUGCCAACGGCAAUGCCGGCACCCAGCAGCCGAGCCCAUCCGGCGGUGGUGUUAGCCCGAACGGCGGUCCUCCGGUGAGCCGCUUUCGCCAGUCACAGUACGCCGAGGCGAUAGCAAACCCUCUGCCGGAACUGGCGGUGGUGUCGGAGCCUGAGCCCGUUUCCAACAUCGCCCAGCUCGAAAUGGACGACACGGCGUCGUCCACGCGCGCUGUCGUGCAACCUGAUAACAUCGGCGACCCCCGCGGCUCGGCCGUCGUGUACGCCGGCGAGAAGCCCACCCUGUGGCGCAAGUACAGAGCCCCGGUCAUUAUCGCCCUGAUCAUUGCUGUCAUUGUCUUGGUCGGUACUGUCGUCGGAGUGGUGGUUAGCAAUGCCAACAAGGACCAUUCGGCUGGAGCCAGCCCUAGCACCUCAACCACGCCCACCCCGACUACCGGCACUUCGUCGGUGUCGACGAGCUAUUCUACCUCCGCGACCGCAUCUUCAGUGCGUUAUACGGUUACUAGAUCCGUGUCCUCGUCUUCAUCCCAGUCGUCCUCGACGACGUCUUCUCUCUCUGUAUUCCCUACCCCUGCAACAUCAACCCCCGUCCAUCAGAGCAUCAUCAGGGCCAUACAGCCAGGUGGUGCUUCCUCUUCGGUCCCGAGCGAGUGCGCUGACUCGUCCGACUUCCUCACCUCGGUGUCGUUCAUGGGAGUCAACGGCGCGCCUGGCAACGGCGGCUGGAAGACCACGUACUACGGCGCCGCCAAAGACUCCAAGGACUGCUGCGCGCACUGCUACAAGGCCGUCUCUGAUGGCUGCAACUCCUGGGCUUACAUGCCGAGUUCUGGCUUCUCCGGCACCUCUUGCGCCAUGAUCACCGGCUGGGAUACGGGCGACGACAAGGACUCGACUUGUCCGUCAGGACAUGGUGCGACCGUCUACUUUACUACGGAUUCCGACAACUCCACUGAUGUCGGCGCUGCUGGACCCUGUGGGGUCACCGAUGACUAG